AUUAUAUGGUCUUGCAUAUUCCUAACUUUUUAGUAAAAGGUGUUGUCUUCUCUUGGAUGGGAUAUCUUACAUACUAAUAUUUCUAGUAAGUUUCACUACUAUAUUAAUUAGGAUAUAUCGAUUGGAUCAACAAACCAAAAAGUUAGAUGCUUAUGUCAAGUAAUAUUGGGGAAUUAUUUAAUUAGAAAUAAGGUUUUGAAUGGAGAGAAAGUUGAGAUUCCAGAAGAGCUCUAAUAAGCGAAAUUAUAUUAAGAAAAUCAUUGUAUUUAAUUAAAUUAUACAGAUGGACAGAAGCUUUUAGAGAGAAUGAAAACACAGCAUGUUUUAGAGGAAUAAGUGAAGUAUGCAAUAGCAUAGAAGAAAGAACUGAGACAAAAACUAAUCAAUGAGAGCAAUGAGAAAGAAGUAGAGGCAUUAGAAUAAGAAUUAUUGCAAUUGAAUUAAUUGUUCUCAAAAAUUUAAUCGAAGAAUUUGCCCAAGGAUUGAU